GUGCAUGCAUGAGCUACCACGACAGCAUCAACAAACAUACUGAAGUGGGUGGAGCUACUUAGUGGUGUUAGAACCGAAAGAAGGCUGGUGGUAGAAGUACAUCAGUAAAUAUAAAGCCAGUUUUUUAACGGAGGAAAAGAAUUAUGGCUCGAACUACAACCACCGAGAACCAGGAGGCGAAUGGAAGGGACAAGGAAAAGAUGUCUGGAAUGGUGAAGAUUGUGUUUGUUUCAUUGCUACUGGAUCUGUUAGCCUUCACAAUGAUUCUUCCAUUGCUUCCAUCACUACUCGACUAUUACGGGAAUGCAGAUGAGAGUGGAUUGUACUCCAGCAUGGUAUCUGCAUGUACCGCAUUCAGGGACCUACUUGGAAUACCAGACACAGAAAAAUACAAUUCCGUACUGUUCGGAGGAAUUAUUGGUUCACUGUUUAGCUUUCUGCAGUUCAUCUCUUGUCCAAUCACAGGAGCAGCUUCUGAUUUUUAUGGCCGGCGCCCUCUUAUGAUUAUAUCAAUGGUUGGAAUUGCAGCUUCCUACGUCCUAUGGGCAUUAUCACAUAACUUUGCAAUCUUUGUAUUGGCAAGGAUUGUUGGAGGCCUUAGCAAGAGUAACGUUAGUCUCAGCACGACCAUUGUAACAGAUGUUUCGACGACUAAGACACGUGGAAAAGGAAUGGCACUUGUUGGAAUCGCAUUCUCUGUUGGGUUCAUUGUAGGCCCUCUGAUUGGUGCAUUUUUUGCCAGCCGUGGAGUUGUAGAAGGAAAUGCAUUUUAUGUGAAGCCUGCUUUGCUGGCAUUGACGUUAGCAACUGCUGAUCUGCUCUUUAUAUUAGCCUUUAUGAAAGAGACACUGCCGGAACAAAAACGGGCGAAAUCUUUUACCAGUACACUGACUGAAGUACAGGAUUUAAUCAACCCAAUUUCCCUCUUUAACUUUUCAGCAGUUAAACAACUUAGACAAAAAUCAAUGCUUCGUCAAGUUGGGCUUUCCUAUUUCUUUUAUCUCUUCAUCUUUUCUGGUUUGGAAUUCACGCUAACAUUCCUGGUUCAUAGGAGAUUCAACUACACAAGUAUGCAGCAAGGGCGUAUGUUCUUCUUCAUGGGUUCUAUAAUGGCACUUGUUCAAGGUGGCUAUGUGAGGAGAAUUCAACCUGGAAAAGAAAAGAAAGUCGCACUUAUGGGUAUUAUUGUUUUAAUUCCGGCAUUUAUUAUUGUUGGUUAUGCGACUACACCAUUUGUCUGCUACCUUGGUUUAACGCUAUUUUCAUUUGCUUCUGCAACAGUAGUACCUUGUCUAACAACUCUGGUUUCUACAUUUGGUAAAGAUGAUCAGAAAGGAACUGUUUUAGGAAUUUUCCGAUCAUUAGGAGCAUUAGCCAGAGCUUUUGGACCAAUAGUUGCAUCAUCAGUAUACUGGAGUCUAGGUGCCACUACCUGCUACAUCUUUGGUGGGGUGAGUCUUCUUCUACCGGUAAUGAUUCUACGAAGAGCCGACUCGGUGAAGACAGAAUGAAACUACCUGUACUGCUUUAUUUACCACUCAAGUUUUUACAAAUGAUUUUAGGAUUCUUGACUUGAAACCUAUCAAAGUAAACCCAUUUUAAAUAAUAAUAAAAAUGUAGCAAUUCUUUAUCAACUCUGAAAAGUAACAUAUUUUUAAUUAGAAUAAUAAUAGUAAUACAAGUAUUAAUAGUAAUAAUAUUAAUAUUAGGGAGGUUUCGCACAUGAACGCGUACAGUUAGUGUGACGGAUACGUCAUCACUUUGAUGUCAUACGCAGGCUGCUAUCCGCUAACGUGUGGACGACACGCAUAUCUCGCUCACCACGCGUAAGUGAAAAAUGCAUAGGAAAAUUUUGGAUUUCUAGGAUGAUAUUAAAACGUCAGUGCUUUGACCUUGGUGGUGUCGGGAUUUUAUGUAGGCCUAGGCCCAGGCCUGCUGGUAGCCAGGCACUUUUGGGUCAUAAACAAUAGGGCCUAUCACAAAAUAACCAACACUUCUGGUCAACAAAGGAAGUAACCUUACAUAUACUAAUAAAACUUUGAGAAGCAAGAUAAGAGAAGAGAACAGAAUUAUAGUACUAGGCCUAAGCUAGGUCCUAGGCCUAAGCUACGCUUGAAUUGCGCUGUGAUUGCAAAAAAUACAGAAUGGCUACGAACCAUUGCGGAUAGCUAAACGUAUGCCUACACAUAUUCGUUCGCAUGCGAAACCUCUCUAAUAUAAUAUUUAACAUCUGAAAGUGCUUCCGAAUAUUUUCCUUGUUAUUGAAAACAGUAAAACUCAUGACAGUGUUCAUAAAUUUAUGUAAGAAUUUUUAUUUUCUUAAACAUUGAUUAAUUUCAUAGAAAGUCAUUCAGAAGAGCAAAAGAUGUAAUUAUAUAUUUUUGCACAGCAUAUUUUUUCACUGAUGAGUUUUUAUAUAUAUUUUAUAUUCUUUGUAGUUUUGUACACUUAUAUUUAGUAUGUGUAUUUCUGAUAGAUAUUAAUUGUAGCUAUAAUGAUAGAUUUGUGUUACCACCAAUUUCAAAUUGUUUUUUCUGAUCAAAAGGAAUGUAGAAAGAGUUAUACUUCUUUCUUUCAGACUAAGAAUAGAAUGUCAAAUGAAUUCUAUUCUUAAUAACAUUACAAAAUAACUGAUGUAAAUUUGUGAUUUUUUUUUAUAAUUGUAUGUUACAGUAAUUUAUUUUGAUUUAGAAUGUUAAUAUUAUUACUUAGCUUUGUUGUAUACAGUACUGUCUGUGAGCAUUUUUAGGCAAUUUCUCAAGACUUAAGGGUGAAGUUGUUUUUAGUUGAGACAAAAAAGCCUCGUGUCAGUGGUGGCUCCAAAAAUUUACCAAUGAGGGUCCGACAUGUCCGAAAGCGUGCCCCCCCUCCCCCACCACUGCUCGCAUCACCACUCUACACUAUUUUAUAAACACAGGACUAAAAGGCACAUUUGAACUGCCAAACUAGAGCUUCAAUUUAUGUUUUUGUAUGUUCUGUUUGUUCGAAAACAAAAUUUGAAUGCAAUAUGGA